AUGGAAGGAGGAAGAUGGACGGUUGACCUGGUCAGGCUGUCUCCUGCAUCCCUCCCCACAACCUCUGAGCAUUCCCUCCCAGGACCCUUGGAGAAAUCUGGUGAGUUCCAGUUGAGAGGAGAUGGGGACAGGGAUAGAUGGAUGGUGGAGGGAGAAAGAGGAAAAGAUGGAGAGGAGACAAAUGGAAGGAAGUUCCUGACAGGAAGAAGGAAGGGGUGAGGCCUUCUCCAAAGCAGCUCUUUGUUUCUUGAAUCCCUUUCAUAAAGUACAGUGGUACCUCGGGUUACAUACGCUUCAGGUUACAGACUCCGCUAACCCAGAAAUAGUACCUCUGGUUAAGAACUUUGCUUCAGGAUGAGAACAAAAAACGCGCGGCAGUAGCAGGAGGCCGCAUUAGCUAAAGUGGUGCUUCAGGUUAAGAACAGUUUCAGGUUAAAAACAGACCUCCGGAACGAAUUAAGUAUUUAACCUGAGGUACCACUGUAGUGGGGGGCAGAUUUUCUUCCUCCAGGAUUUUAAAUCUUAGGAGUUACAGUGGUACCUUGGUUCUCAAACAUAAUAGGUUCCGGGAGACUUCCAAAACCAAAGCGUUUCAAAACCAAGGCGUGCUUUCCCAUAGAAAGUAAUGCAAAAUGGAUUACUGUAUUUUUCGUCCCAUAGGACGCACCUAGUUUUUUGGGGGGGAAAUAAAGGGGGGGAAAUUUCCUUUAUUUCCCCCCCAAAAGCAGGUCGGGGAAACCGAACCAGGUCCAGGAACAGCGGGAUGACGGCGCUGCGCCUCACCGCUGUCCCCCGAGCUUGUGGGGCUGGCCGAUGUCUGUCCGGCGCGAGGGGCGCUCUGCUUUAGGGUGACCCGCCCGCUGGGCGGCAGGCUGCUAUCCGCAGCGUGGGGAGCCCUGUGGGGAACUCCUGCAGGGCUCCCCAUGCUGCGGAUGUCUGCCCGGCGCGAGGGGCGCUCUGCUUUAGGGCGUCCCUCGCGCUGGGCGGCAGGCUGCUAUCCUCAGCCUAGACAUCAAUGCGGACCUCCCGCAGGGCUGCCUAGGCUGCGGAUGUCUUCCUGAAGCCUGGAGAGCGAGAGGGGUCGGUGCGCACCGACCCCUCUCGCUCUCCAAGCUUCAGCGAAAGCAUGCAUUCGCCCCAUAGGACACACCCAGAUUUCCCCUUCAUUUUUGGAGGGGGAAAAGUGCGUCCUAUAGGGCGAAAAAUACGGUAAUCCAUUCCAGACUUUUAAAAACAACCCCUAAAACAGCAAUUUAACAUGAAUUUUACUAUCUAACAAGACCAUUGAUCCAUAAAAUGAAAGCAGUAAUCAAUGUUCUGUACCAUAAAAUAAAGAAGACAGUAUUGUUGAUGAUAAAAAUUAAAAUUAAACAAAGAAGCCACAAUCAAAAAUGAAAAAGCCAAACAAACAAAAAUGCAAAAAAGAGGAAAAAACUAAAGCACCAAAUGUCACCUCAGAACACUGAAACCAGAAACAGCUUUAAUAUUGAUGGGGUGGGGGCUUAAAUCAGCUGUGCAAGGGAACAAAUGGGAUGAAAAAAACCUUAAUUACAAUGGGAGGGGGGACUUAAAAUAGCUGCUCAAGGAUACAAGUGGGAUAAAAAAAACCUUAAUUACGAUGGGGGGGGACUUAAAUUAGCUGUGCAAGAGUAAAAAUGGAAGCUCAGGAGCACGUUCGGUUUCCGAGGAAAAUUUCAAAAACAGGAGCACCUGUUUCUGGGUUUGCAAAUGAUGAAUCCACAGAAGCAUAGUCAAUCUAUGGACUUCCCUUUUUUUGAAAUAUUUUUAUUGGUUUUUACAACUGCAAGUUUAUAUCAAAUACAUUUAUAUAAUCAAUUCCUGAGAUUCUCUGAAUCACAUGACUUCGCUCCAUCCCUUUCAUGGGUCCUGAUAGUACCGUAUUUUUUGCUCCAUAAGGCGCACCGGACCAUAAGACGCACCUAGUUUUCAGAGGAGGAAAACGGGGAAAAUAUUCUGAAUCAAAUGUUGUACUAAACUAUUUAAUAAACUACUGAUAUAUCAGAGUGAGACUAAGAGGGACAGGAGCUGUGUGUUUGUUUAGUGUGCAGGCUCAAGGAGCCAGCGGAUCAGCUGAGACGCGGGGGAUUUGUGUAAUUUCCCCUUCUCCCUCAUCCUCUGCCCUCCAGUCUCCAGCAGCCUUCCUUUUUUACUUCCUGGUUUUCACUGCGCUGGUGGCUCAGAACUCGAGGUUGGUUUUUGUUUUUUUUUUGCUGCUGGUUGCUUAAAUUUUAUCCUUCCCGAUCCAACCCCUCCUGUGUCCUUCCGUCCCUCUGCAGCCUCAUUGCUCCGUUUAGGGAGCAGGCGAACCUUCUGCAGCUGUUGCUGGCUGCGCACCACUUUUAAAAGUGCCUGCUGGCUUUGAAUCACCUGCCUCCCUUUACUAUUUUACCUAAGGUAUUUGCCCUGUGCCUGGGGUUUUUUCCCAUUUAACAGUUUGCAGCCUUUUCCUCCGUUGCUUGUUUUGAGGCAGGUUAGAUUUGAGCAAGUGAUCAGGACUUGGAUUGCAGGGGAUUCGCCAUUAGCUGUGUAAAAGCGCUCCUACUUGCAGCCUUCUACGUUGUUUGUACACGUGGCUACUGGUAUCAGGUUCAGUUUGAGUAAUAAGCAGCCACUGGCAGCAAUAGAAUGGAGCAUAAAAAAGGAGUAGGGGCACUGGGACCCAGACAAUGCUCAAAUCUAUCCUGCCUCAAAACAAGCUGCAGAAGUAAAAAGCCCGCUCCCCUGCCCCUCAUCCUGUGCCCUCCCCAGCCUUUUUUUUCCUUCCUGGUUUUCACUGCGCUCGUUGGCAAGGUGAUGUCUCUACUUUUUCAUUAUAUACCAUUUCCCAAAAUGAUACUGUUAUCUUACAUGACCACCACAUAUAGCAAAAGAUACCCGCUUGUUCUGUACAUUUCCAGCAGAUAUUUGAACUUACUCUAUACGUUUUAGAUAACUUACUAGGAGUCAAAUACCACCAGCACAUCAUUUUUAUGUAGUUUUCUUUCAAUGUACAGCAAGCUGUGAAUUUCAGAUCUGUUUUCCAAAGCCUCUCCCAAUCUACCAUUUGUAUGUUAUGUCCUAAGUCCCUUUCCCAAGAACUAAGAGUUCUUUUUGAAAUUGUGAUGUCUCAUAACUAAAACCUUUCUUUUUGUCUAUCUUAAAGAUAUCGUUUAGUUGAUGGUACUGUAACCAGUCAGGUACAGCUUCCCUUAUCUCUUCAAAAUUGUUUAAUUUCAGUUGGUUUUCAACUUCAGUUAACACCUCUCUGUAAGUCGGCCAAUUACUUCUCAUAUUCAAUUUUUUUCAGAGAUAUUGCUUCCAAGGGGGAAAGCCACCAGGGUGUUUUUUACUGAAGCAAAUUUUUAUACUUCUCCCAUACCCUAAACAUUGGUUUUCUUACUAUAUGAUUCUGAAAAGCUCUAUGCACCUUGGCCUUUUCCUACCAUAAAUAUGCAUGCUAUACAUUAUUUGUGUCCUUCCAGAUCUAAAAUACAGUAUCUGUGUUUUCUAAUGUAAUCCAUUCCCGGUUCUAGCAGAUACAGGAUGCUUCAUAAUAAAGUUUUAAAUCCGGCAGGGUGAAACCUCCUCUCUCUCUUACAUCUGUUAAUAAUUUAUUUUUUAUACUUGGUUUCGUCCCUUGUCUGAUAAACCUAGAUAUAUCUUCUUGCCAUUUUUCAAAGCAUCCUGUGUUGCCUAUUGCCUGGACUGCUUAGAAUAAAAAUAACAUUUUUGGCAAUACAUUCGUUUUUAUUACUGAUAUUCCUCCCCAAAAUGAUAAAUUCAUUCUUCCCCAUAUCUCUAAAGCUCUUUUUAUUUCUUUCCACUCAUUCUUGUAAUUGUCCUUAACAAUAUUAAUAUUCUUAGCUGUCAAACAGAUAUCCCAGUAUUUGACUUUGUUAUGUAUAACUAACUCUGUUUUCUGUUGUAAUUUCUUUUGGUCUUGCUCCAUUGUGUUUUUUCCCAAAAACUUAGAAUCAUAGAAUCAUAGAGUUGGAAUAGACCACAAGGGCCAUCGAGUCCAACCCCCUGCCAAGCAGGAAACACCAUCAAAGCACUCCUGACAUAUGGUUGUCAAGCCUCUGCUUAAAGACCUCCAAAGAAGGAGACUCCACCACACUCCUUGGCAGCAAAUUCCACUGUCGAACAGCUCUUACUGUCAGGAAGUUCUUCCUAAUGUUUAGGUGGAAUCUUCUUUCUUGUAGUUUGGAUCCAUUGCUCCGUGUCCGCUUCUCUGGAGCAGCAGAAAACAACCUUUCUCCCUCCUCUAUAUGACAUCCUUUUAUAUAUUUGAACAUGGCUAUCAUAUCACCCCUUAACCUCCUCUUCUCCAAGCUAAACACGCCCAGCUCCCUUAGCCGUUCCUCAUAAGGCACCGUUUCCAGGCCUUUGACCAUUUUGGUUGCCCUCCUCUGGACACGUUCCAGUUUGUCAGUGUCCUUCUUGAACUGUGGUGCCCAGAACUGGACACCGUACUCCAGGUGAGGUCUGACCAGAGCAGAAUACAGUGGCACUAUUACUUCCCUUGAUCUAGAUGCUAUACUAUUGAUGCAGCCCAGAAUUGCAUUGGCUUUUUUAGCUGCCGCGUCACACUGUUGGCUCAUGUCAAGUUUGUGGUCAACCAAGACUCCUAGAUCCUUUUCACAUGUACUGCUCUCAAGCCAGGUGUCACCCAUCUUGUAUUUGUGCCUCUCAAUUUUUUUGCCCAAGUGCAAUACUUUACAUUUCUCCCUGUUAAAGCUCAUCUUGUUUGUUUUGGCCCAGUUCUCUAAUCUGUCAAGGUCGUUUUUAAGUGUGAUCCUGUCCUCCGGGGUGUUAGCCACCCCUCCCAGUUUGGUGUCAUCUGCAAAUUUGAUCAGGAUGCCCUUGAAUCCAUCAUCCAAGUCAUUGAUAAAGAUGUUGAAUAAGACCGGGUCCAAGACAGAACCCUGUGGCACCCCACUAGUCACUCUUCUCCAGGAUGAAGAGGAACCAUUGAUGAGCACCCUUUGGGUUUGGUCAGUCAGCCAGUUACAAAUCCACUGAGUGGUAGCAUAGUCAAGACCGCAUUUUACCAGCUUCUUUACAAGAAUAUCAUGGGGCACCUUGUCGAAUGCCUUGCUGAAAUCAAGGUAGGCUGCAUCCACUGUGUUCCCUUCAUCUACCAGGCUUGUAAUUCUGUCAAAAAAAGAGAUCAGGUUAGUCUGACAUGACUUAUUUUUCAGAAAUCCAUGCUGACUAUUGGUGAUCACAGCAUUCCUUUCUAGGUGCUCACAGACUGUCUGCUUAAUGAUCUGCUCGAGAAUCUUCCCUGGUAUUGAUGUCAGACUGACUGGGCGAUAAUUAUUUGGGUCCUCUCUUUCCCCCUUUUUGAAAACAGGGACAACAUUUGCCCUCCUCCAGUCUGCCGGGACUUCGCCUGUUCUCCAGGAAUUCUCAAAGAUGACUGCCAGUGGUUCUGAGAUCACAUCUGCCAGUUCUUUUAAUACUCUUGCAGUUCAUAUGGCCCUGGAGACUUGAAUACAUCUAAACUAGCCAAGUAUUCUUGUACUAUCUCCUUAGUUAUUCUGGGCUGUGUUUCCUCUGCUGAAUCAUUUGCUCCAAAUUCUUCAGGUCGGGCAUUGUUUUCUUUAUCGGAGAAGACUGAGGCAAACAAGGCAUUGAGGAGUCUUAUUCUUGUUUAGUUUAAAGCCCCCGGUCUGCCCGAAGUCCUGCAUCUUUUCUACCACCUUCGGUGGAGUAUUUAUGGAAUCCUUCACUGUAAUUACAAGGUGAACUGUGAAAGCUUUUAAUUUAUAUGCUUUAUUUUCUACUGUUAUUCCUGUAAUUAAUUUAUCCACUUUGUCUCCCUCGCCAGGGCCUCUAAUACCAAAAUAAAUAAUAAUGGUGAUAGGGGAUAUCCUUGUCUUGUCCCCUUCCUUAUUUUACACUUUUCUGUUAUCACCAUAUUAACAAUCAGCAUAGACUGUUGGUAGAAAUACAUUGCAUCAAUUCCUCUCCCAAAUGCUUCCUCAAAAUUCAUUUUUUCUUUUAUCUUUUUCAUAAAAGCCCAUGAAACAUUAUCAAAAGCCUUUUCAGCAUCUAUAAACAUUAAGCCCGCUUUUUUCUCAAUUUUUACUUCCAAGUAUUGAAUAAUAUCAUUUAUAUUCCUUAUAUUUGUCGGGAUUCGAGCCUAUAUGAGUAGUAACUGGCAACUCUCCAGGCACCCAGCUUGAUCUCCUGUUAACCUCCCUGUCUGCAUUCCUCAGCAAGAUCCAGGCAGAGGUCGCGAUAGGUGAUCCUUCUCAGCAUGAGAAGAACACCCCCCCUCUUUCUUGCCCCCCCAGCAGGGGAAAGAGAUAGACAGAAACGUAUUUACAUGCCUUUUUUUCUGUCUUUGCAGCAUUACAAAAAGCAUGACUGCUCUCUUCAAGCUCCAGCAGUCGAAUGACAAACACUUCCUGUACUUCCUGUACAGCUCAUAUUACACUCUGAGCUAAUUCCGGUGCUUCACACUGAAUUGACUGUCCCUCUGUUUCCCACGGACAGUCCCAACAUCAUGUGAUGUUUUCAAGCUAGCAGCUCGCAGCUGCAUUGCUUCUAUAUCGUAACAAUAUUUUCCUUCAUCUGACGUCCUGGUAGAAAGCAGGCCUGAUUGUGCUGAAUUUUUUCUGCUAAAACACCUUUCAUUCUAUUGCCCAAAAUAUGAGCAAUACUCUAAAUGGAGUAUUCUUCUUGCCUUUUAGUUCAAGAAUUAUUGAUUUGUGGCCCGAAAGUGUUCUUAGUUGUAUUUCUGCAUUUUUAAUCUAUGGAAUUCCAUCCUACAGGAAUGAUGGCCAACAAUUUGGAUAGCUUGAAAAAAGAGGAUUAGACUGACGUCUCUGCUCUGCCCUCGUGGUCCUAGGCAAUUAUGCUUCUUAAUACUAGUUCCUGGAAAGCACAGGAAGGCAGAGGGCUCUUGUACUCAAAUCCGGCUUGCUGGUUUCCCACAGGCAUCUAGCUGGCCACUGUGAGAACAGGAUGCUGGACUAGGUGGGCCUUUUCCCAAUCAAGCAAGCUCUUCUUAUGUUCUAAUACAGGCAUCCCCAAACUUGGCCCUCCAGAUGUUAAGGACUACAACUCCCAUCAUCCCUAGCUAACAGGACCAGUGGUCAGGGAUGAUGGGAAUUGUAGUCCCAAAACAUCUGGAGGAUGUUUGGGGAUACUAAUAUAUUGGAAUAUUUUUACAGUUACAUGUGGCAAAGUAACACAUAAGUUUUCUUAGUCAUAGGAGAGACUGCUACUCGAACCUGUGAUCAUUUCCUCCCUGGAAAAAGAAAAAUACAGAGAUGUGUCUAAGAAGCCAAUUCCACCAUAGAUUAUAAAAUAAUGCAGUUUAUUAAGUGUGAAUGGAAUGACCAUGUGUUGUUCUUGCCAUUAUCUCAUCUGCAUUCCUAAAAGUUUGGAACAUAGAUAGGACAGUGGAGAAAGGAGACAGUGUUAAAAUAGGAGAAGGUGCAUAUUGUGAUUGACGUGUGUUCAGUUCCUUUCUUGUAAGUCUUAACAGGAUUCUCUUCCCCUUCCUCCCCACUCCCAAACAGGUGAGGAACAUGAUGGCCAGAAUUAUAUGGAGCCAUCUGUGAAUUCAUUGGGAAGAACAAAGAAACAGUUUAAAUGCCUGGAACGUGGGAUGUGCUUUAGUCACAGUGGAAGACUGAGGACACAUCAACGAAUCCACAUAGAGGAGAAACCAUUUAAAUGUACUGACUAUCGAAAGAGCUUCAGGGACAAUGGAACUCUUAGAAAACAUCAAGGAACUCACACAGGGGAGAAACCAUUUGAAUGUAUUGAAUGUGGAAAGAGCUUCGGUAAAAAUGGAGCACUAAGAACACAUCAACGAACUCACACGGGGGGAAAACCAUUUGAAUGUACUGAAUGUGGAAAGUGCUUCAGUCGAUAUGGAACACUUAGAAUGCACGAACGAACUCACACAGAGGAGAAACCAUUUAAAUGUAUUGAAUGUGGAAACAGCUUCAGUCAAAAUGGAAACCUUAGAAUACAUCAACGAACUCACACAGGGGAAAAACCAUUUGAAUGUACUGAAUGUGGAAAGUGCUUCAGUCGAUAUGGAACACUUAUAAUACACCAACGAACUCACACGGGGGAGAAACCAUUUGCAUGUAUUGAAUGUGGAAAGAGCUUCAGUCAAUAUGGAACACUUAAAAUACACCAACGAACUCACACGGGGGAGAAACCAUUGAAAUGUAUUGAAUGUGGAAAGGGCUUCAGUGACAGUGGAGCACUUAGAAGACAUCUACAAACUCACAUAGAAGAGAAACCUUUUAAAUGUAUUGCAUGUGGAAAGGGCUUCAGUAAGAGUGGAGACCUUAGAAUACACCAAGGAACUCACAUGGGGGAGAAACCAUUUAAAUGUAUUGAAUGUGGAAAGAGCUUCUGUAGAAGUGGGACACUUAGAAGACAUCAACGAACUCACACAGAGGAGAAACAAUUUAAAUGUAUUGAAUGUGGAAAGAGCUUCAGUAGAAGUGAACACCUUAGAAGACAUCAACUAACUCACACGGGGGAGAAACCUUUUAAAUGUAUUGAAUGUGGAAACAGCUUCAGUCAAAGUGGAGCACUUAAAAUACACCAACGAACUCACACGGAGGAGAAACCAUUUAAAUGUUUUGAAUGUGGAAAGAGCUUCAGUAGAAGUGGACACCUUAGAGUACACCAACGAACUCACACGGGAGAGAAACCAUUUGCAUGUAUUGAAUGUGGAAACAGCUUCAGUCAAAAUGAAUACCUUAGAGUACAUCAACGAACUCACACGGGGGAGAAACCAUUUAAAUGUAUUGAAUGUGGAAAGAGCUUCAGUAGAAGUGGACACCUUAGAAUACAUCAACGAACUCACACGGGGGAGAAACCAUUUGAAUGUAUUGAAUGUGGAAAGAGCUUCAGUCAAAAUGUAAUACUUAGAAGACAUCUACAAACUCACAUAGAGGAGAAACCAUUUAAAUGUAUUGAAUGUGAAAAGAGCUUCAGUAAAAGUGGACACCUUAGAAUACACCAGCGAACUCACACGGGGGAGAAACCAUUUAAAUGUACUGAAUGUGGAAAAAGCUUCAACAGGAAGGAUAAACUUACAUUACAUUGGCAAACUCACACAGCGGAGAAGCUUUAG